AUGAACAUACCAACCCAUGAUGCGUCAGUGCUCCGCGACGACGAACACCAAAAUGAAGAUUUGUUCAGCAGGAUGACAGCGUCGGCAUCAUCGGAAUGCGCCCUUUCUGAUUUUCAGAACAAGCCAGAGAGGUCCGCAUUCCGAGCUGUCGGUGGAGCACCUUUGACAGUGCAGCAGCGACUGAGGGCGAUGUUCGAGCAUGAGAUGCCACAAACAAUCUCCCCGGCUGCUGAAGAACGCUGCUCCUCAUCAAACACCGAUGGGAAUUUGAGCGAAGGAGUCAAAAAAGAUGCUGACUAUCUAGCGCGACGACGUAAAAACAACAACUCAGCAAGAAGAUCUCGGGAGGUGCGACGACAAAGGGAGAUCUUCAACAAGCAACAAGCUGAGGUUCUCGAGAAGGAGAAUGUGCGGCUGCGAGCACAGAUCACUCUUUUACGAUUAGAAGUCAGUCGGCUAUCUCUUGUAUUGCUUGCGGAUGGCGUAAAAUCGUCCUCUUGAUAUUGGAUAAAUCUUAAUCG